CCACCAAAUUGUUUGCCGUCGUAAUCGGCACCAGUCUUCCACCUGCUGGACUUUGCCGCAGCAUUCACACACAUCUUCAUAAAAUCUGCCAAUCUAUUUACAUAGAACAGUGAGAUUUUUUUAGCCCUGCAUCGUUCUCCUCGUGACCUCGGGAAUUAGCUGUCGCAAACAUGGUGCAAAAAGUAUACAUCACCUACAAUCAGAUCCACAAACUCUGCCAAGAUGCCGCUCCUCAAAUUCUGGACAACUUCAAGCCGAAUCUGAUGAUUGCCAUUGGCGGCGGAGGUUAUGUUCCAGCACGAAUUCUGCGGUCAUUCCUCCGACGGACCGGAAGCCCAAACAUCCCAAUUCAAGCCAUUGGUCUCUCCUUGUACGAGGCACUAGGCACUGACGAUCAAAUCGAAGAGCCCGGACACAAAGUCACACGAACCCAAUGGCUGGACCUCAGCAGUCUUGAGAUGGCCAACCUGAUUGGUAAGAACGUCCUCAUCGUCGACGAAGUGGACGACACUCGGACGACUCUGGAGUACGCCGUCAAAGAACUGCAGAAGGACGUCGCAACGGCAGCGCAGCAGCUCGGCAAAGACCCCCAGAGCACGCAAUUCUCCAUUUUCGUAUUGCACAACAAGGAUAAAGAAAAGAAGGGACGCCUUCCAAAUGAUCUGAUCGAGGCCAAUCGAUACCUGGCCGCCAGGACCGUGCCAGACGUGUGGAUCAAUUACCCUUGGGAAGCCACGGACAUUGACGAACACGACCGCAUGGCCGCACAACAGACGAUUGAGUAAUGGUAAACGUAGCAUCGGCAUGUUUUUCGCGCUUAAACCCGCUCGUGUUGAUAGCCGUUAUCAAGUUAAUUCUAGACUCACGCGUAGAGGAAAGGAGCCCUAUGUCAUAGCGUAUUUUGUCGCCCCAAGUUUGACAGGUCUGCACAAGCACAUCAAAAAUCGCCUGUCGGGCGUGCUUGAUUGAUGGUCUUAAAACCCCGCCGGAAAUGUCACCAGAAUCACCGGAUGGCAAUAUGUAUUCGUGAAUCGUCUUCACGGCACGUGAGCUUGAGCUACAACCAAGAGAAAAUACUGUAUGCAGCCAUCGAAGUGACGGUUCAACUUGUAAGAAUGGAUUUGUCGGUACGCCAAGUGUGUUCUCAAUUCAACAUGGCGAUUAACGCUGCAUUCGUUAUACACAUUAAGUACAUUAACAUGGAUCAUCGAUCGGA